UCUCUCUCGUCACUCUCAUCAUCAUCAUCAUCUGUUUCAUCUAAUGCACAAGUUCCUAAUUACGUCCUUCCUACUCCGGAAGAAGUUGAAAAACUACCGCCUCCAGUAGUCCGCACCCACAUACCUUCCGAGCCCGCCCCCGUUCACCAAAACCAGGAACCUCCGGUUCCUGUUCAACAUUACUUUACACCUGUCAACUUCCAAGCCAAACCUCUCCAGCCAGUGCUUCAGCCCAUUCCUGUGCUUCAGCAAACAGUAUCCGUGCAUCACCAAGCUCCUGUCGAACAAUCGGUGUCCCUGCACUAUCAACCCGCCCCGGCAAUCCAAACAGUAUCCGUGCACCAUCGACCUACGAUUCAAUAUGAGUCCGCUCCAUUACAUCAUCCUGUGCAUCAUUUCUCCGCUCCUCUGCAUCAUGAGAUUGCUUCAGUUCAACAUGAAGUGCACCUACCUCAACAUGAAGAGCACCAUGAAGAUUAUUACGCGUACCCUAAAUACGAGUUCGAGUACAAGGUGGAGGACCCGCACACCGGCGACAAGAAGUCCCAGCACGAGUCCCGCGACGGCGACGUCGUGAAGGGCUACUACAGCCUGCACGAGGCCGACGGUUCUGUUCGUACUGUCGAAUAUUCAGCUGACAAGCACAACGGAUUCAACGCGAAUGUGAAGAAUGACCACCACCACAGCCAUCACUAA